UAACAUGCCCGUAUCGGGAUAACGAGAGAUGAGAAACAAACUUAGAUGUAUCUACUUCAUGCAUCUUUUCCAUACGCCCGGGGGCUUGGUUCCCACGUGCGAGAGAGCAAUUUUCAUCCCUCUUCCUUGCUCGACAUCCCAGAUAGCGGGCGUUGAAACGCCUCUUUUCUGUCGUAUACAAGAAAAAUUACGAUAAAUAAAUAAACGGGUGCCCCAGGGAUUGGUGCUUUUCCAUGUCCGCCGAGGGGAGGGUGAGGGGGGAAAUACGAGUGAGGCUUCGGUUGUCCCCGAAACCCACCAAGCGCGUAAUCUUUGAUGUUUUGUUUGACGCCCAUGCAAGGCGCGCAUGGGGGGAAUUUCAAAGAAGGAAAAAACGAGAUCGUGAAAAAAGAAGGAAGCGAGGGGAAAUAGGGCUGAAGAAGGUUUUUGGAAAGGCAGGUAUAUACUGGGGUUGCAACAGACUUGCUGGGAUUGUACAAUGAUCUUGUUAUUGCUUGGUCUUCCUUUUGAGGCGCAGGAUCGUGUUUCUUCUUCUUCCCCUUGUUGAACUGGAGCUGAAGCUGUGUUUGAGGCGUACGCAGUACUUGUUUCCUCGUUCAAGAUACUUGCCAUCAGGUGCCAAUUUAUCCUAUUAGUUUGCAGUGAUGCAUGGAGAGCAACGGACUCCCCGUCACUUUCGAUCUUGGGCAAAGGGCGUGCGUGUGUGGGUCUCGGAAGACGAAAUGAUGCUGUUUUGUUAGAGAGGGCACGCUAUGGUACGGGAGGAAUCAAGGAAAGUGAGGUAAGUGCCCUGUCUGCACAACGUUCUCGAUGAUGUUUUCUCAGUCACAUACGUGUAGUAUCUUUGUGCCCUUUUAAUAUAUGCUUUGCUUUACUUCGCCUCGAUACGUGUCUACUUGGUGAGGGAAUGUAGGGCGGGUUUUGUUGGUUGUUUGUAGUCCUGCGCAAGUCCUUGAGAAAGAUAUAAGAGUUUGAGAUAUUGCUGUCAAGACGUUUGUUGCAGCAUCCAAAGAUCUUCUCAUCAUCUACGCUGAGCUAUUAGUUUGAAUACUUGCACUUGUUAUACUAUACCUUCCGGAACUCUACCAUCGAAGACUCUCAAAACAGAAUCCUCUUUCUUGAACAGAGUGAACGCAGCUUCUCGACGACCAAACCACUGAUCAUCACCGAAUACUUCACCUCGCCUUUCUCUUCGAGCACUGUACUUCAGACAAUCUCGACGAGAAGUCCCUACACAACCUUCACAAUCUCAGAACCCCAACAACAACAACCUCGCCAACCCACCUCAUCAUCCAAAAUGUGUUCAUCUUCCCGCUUCCACUUCACGACCGUGUCCGAUCAACCUACGGACACUUGGUAUUGUUCAAACUGCGAGGCCUUGAACAUGAGCUAUUACGAUAGGUGCCCAGUUUGCGAGAUCGGACGUAGAUGUGCGUACGCGACUCAGCAAGACGGCGCGGGCUACCCAGCACCGGGAGUAUGGACCUGCCCCAGAUGCGGAGAUCCGAUCGCGGAAUUUGUGGACUGCUGCGGUUCUUGCGGAUGGCCCCAGGGUGACGAUGGUGGUUAUUGA